GAAUGCCGGCAAGAUGUCCCGUACGUCGGGGAGGAUCCGGGCUACCGCGGGGACAACGUGGUGUACUUGUGUCGGAGCCUCAGUCAUACGCCGCUUAGACACCAACAGGACCGGCCGGCUGAAGACUCAGGCCUCCGCUGCGCGGAGCGCAACAACUACACCAUCACCUUUGCGGAGCCGGAGCCGUGGCAAUCUCAGGUCAUGAAGUCAAACUUCAGGAACUUCAGUCGCAGCUCUUUCAAGACGUCUAUUCAAUCUGUGAAACAAAGCAGUCAAAUGCGAUUGCCGCGCGGCCGGAGGUCGGACACAGAGACGGAGUCGGAGUUCUCUACCUGCGGAUCCACGGAGGUACCUGGCUCACCAAUCCUGUCCGAUGAUGAAGGAGACGUUCCAUCGGACGAGGAGGCACGGCUGCCCCUGUGUGACCACAUUGUUGUGAUGCAGGUGCGGCCCCAUCCAAAUGGAUGGGUCUAUGCCUCCGAGGCGGUUUGCCAGGCGAGGAAAGGGAGGGGAAAAAAAAACCAAGAAGCCGAUACGUCCGAUGGGCGCAUGGCAGUUAUGCCGUACUGCCUCGACAGGCCUACGAAGCGGACCUCCGAAUGCUGCCGGAGGACGGCUGGAUCCGCGCAGACCUCAACUCAAUACACACGAUGUUUGUCGAGUUUGUUUGAAGGGCCUGAAUCUCACUGGCCUCGAGGUUACACGGACCCGCUGACUCUGGAGAACUGGUGGCACAAGGGUGUCACCUGGGCGUGGGAACGUGACUUCUAUCUUGAGGUCUGA